ACCCGCUCUAAACGCACAGUUCCAAAAGAGAAACACCAGGUAAAAGUUAGCUCGUGGAAUUUAGAGGAUUUUUCUGUUGUUUUUCGUUGUUGUUUAAGUUGUAAAACGAACCUUGUAAUCGUGCAUUAUGUCCACUUCGGUCACAUGCAUUGCGCCGGUGAAUAUUGCCAUUAUAAAAUACUGGGGAAAGCGUGACGAUGACCUGAUUUUGCCGAUAAACGAUUCUAUCAGCGUUACCCUCUCGACGGACAACCUACGUACGAAAACCACGAUCACUGCCGGUCCAGAGAUAGCAAAGAAUGUGCUUCGCUUAAAUGGCGUGGAAGAGUCGUUCGAGAAUCCACGUAUCCAACGAUGCCUUCAGGAAGUGCGUAGGAGAGCUAAAGCUUCUGGCAAAUGUCCGAAGCCCGAGAUGCUGGAGUGGAACAUUCUGGUGGAGUCGGAGAACAAUUUUCCUACCGCCGCAGGGUUGGCCUCCAGUGCGGCAGGAUAUGCUUGUUUCGUGUAUACAUUGGCAACGCUUUAUGGAAUCGAAAGUGAAGAGUUGAGCGGUAUAGCUCGCAUGGGAAGUGGUUCGGCCUGUCGCAGUCUUCAUUCCGGGUACGUGCAAUGGGCACGCGGUGAGCGUUCGGAUGGUUCCGACUCACUAGCGAUCCAGCUAGCACCGGCUUCCGCAUGGCCGGAAAUGCACGUGCUGGUGCUAGUUGUAAGUGAUCGUAAAAAAGCUACCGCUUCUACGCAUGGAAUGGCCACCAGCGUUAAAACGUCCGACUUGCUCAAACAUCGUGCUUCCGUAUGCGUACCGGAACGUGUAAAGUUGGUUCAGAAGGCAAUCGCUCAAAAAGACUUUGACACGUUCGGGCGUAUUGCAAUGAAGGAUAGCAACCAAUUCCACGCCAUAUGUUUGGACACCUAUCCACCGUGCUUCUACAUGAACGAUGUGUCACGGACCAUCAUCCGGCUGGUGGAUCAAAUCAAUAGUCUUGCCGGGGAAAACGCGCCCAUUAAGGUCGCGUACAGCUUCGAUGCCGGUCCGAACGCGUGCCUGUUCCUGCUGGAGAAAGAUAUGGCCGAAGUGUCGGCCAUCGUGCGUCGUGUCUUUCCGUUCACUGAAAGUACGGCAGACGAGUACUAUAAAGGCAUUCCGAAUGAUGAGGCAGCCAUGCAGGCCGUCCCGGCAAGUGUGCUGGAAACGUUUGCCGUUGAAGAACCGAACCUGUUACGCUACAUUAUUCACACGAAGGUUGGCGAAGGACCGAAACGCGUUGAUUAAGCGUGCAAAGGUGGCUUACAAGUUUAUUUAUUACCUAUCAAUCUACUUUCGGUGGUGAUUUCAUUGCUUCCAGGGCCUUUUUGUGAGGUUAACUUUAUUUAUUUACUUACAUGGGAAGAGCUUAAUGGGGGUUUGCAAUAAAAUGAACAGCAAGAAAA